UUGGUACCAGGAGCCAUCAAGAGUUCCAGCUGCGUAGGCUCUGUUUUAUGAGCGUGUAGACGUUUUUUUCACAUCGGUGGUAGGACCCCCAAGUUUCCAAAAUGAGCAAAGGCCGUCCAGAUUUGAGGAUGGAAAUGCCCGAUGAUUUCUACCUUCCCAUUCCUGUGGAAACCACUAACAUUACAUCUCUCAGCCCAUUUCUGGUACCCCAAACACAUUUGGGGACCCCGGGCAUGUUUAUGAGCAUGUCGGCCUUUAUGUUAUUUACCAUCAUUUUUGGCUUCCCUCUCAACCUGCUGACCGUCAUCUGCACUGCAAAGUACAAGAAGCUGCGUUCCCACCUCAACUACAUUCUGGUAAACUUGGCCGUCGCCAACCUUAUAGUCAUCACCUUUGGUUCCACAACUGCCUUUUACAGCUUUUCUCAGAUGUACUUCUCUCUGGGUACUUUGGCAUGCAAGAUAGAAGGUUUUACUGCCACUCUUGGAGGAAUCAUCAGCUUGUGGUCUCUUGCUGUGGUGGCCUUUGAAAGGUUUCUUGUGAUCUGUAAGCCGAUGGGCAGCUUCACAUUCCGUGAGAGCCAUGCUAUUAUGGGCUGUGUCUUAACCUGGGUUAUUGGGUUGGUAGCAGCAACUCCACCAUUGCUGGGCUGGAGCAGGUACAUCCCCGAAGGCUUGCAGUGCUCCUGUGGACCUGAUUGGUACACCGUGAAUAACAAGUGGAACAAUGAGUCCUAUGUACUUUUCCUCUUCUGUUUUUGCUUUGGGUUCCCUCUGGCCACCAUCCUGUUUUCCUAUGGACGUCUGCUUCUCACCCUCCAUGCUGUUGCCAAACAGCAGGAGCAGUCGGCCACCACUCAGAAAGCCGAGCGUGAAGUGACCAAGAUGGUGAUUAUGAUGGUUGCCGGGUUCUUGGUUUGCUGGCUCCCUUAUGCUUCAUUCGCUUUAUGGGUUGUUACCCACCGUGGAGAGGAUUUUGACCUACGAAUGUCCUCCAUCCCUUCUGUAUUCUCAAAGGCUUCUACAGUCUACAACCCAUUCAUUUACAUCUUCAUGAACAGACAGUUCCGCUCCUGCAUGAUGAAACUGAUCUUCUGUGGCAAAAAUCCAUUAGGUGAUGAUGAGGAUACAUCUGCAUCUGGAUCCACCCAGGUGUCUUCAGUGUCCAGCAGUCAGGUGGCUCCAGCAUAAUGCCAGCCGCGUCCGGCUCCUGUUCUGCCACGUCUGCUGCCACGGCUCUGUGCCCUCAACAGCUUCCAGGUGACUCCACACCCAGCCAAGAAUCCACAUCCAGCCCCUCAACCCACAGCUUGUUUUAUCAUUGAAAUGAAACAUCAUUUUAGCCAGUUAGACAAAGCAACAGGGGUCAACGUACCCCUUUCUCGGUAGCUCCAGUUCUAUUUAUUGCACAGGGCCUAAAGUAUGAACCCAUGUAAAAAAAAGAUGUUGUUGGCCUCCAACCCUCAUCAUCACCAGAAAACAGCUGCUUGAGGAUAAUGAGACUUGUAGUUCAACAACAGCUGACAUACUAGAGGUUCACCAUGCAGGACAUGUAAAUGUAGCCACGUGGCAUCAGUGCUGAUUUUCAUCAGGGUCGCUCCAAGCUGAGAACCUGGUUCCUAUUAGGGACAACCUGGCAAGGGCUACAGUUGAAGGACAUCAAUGUCUCUCUGGGUAACCCAGCUAGACAUUUAUGUCUGUUCUUCAGAAAGCAUUAGGCGUAGUGUGCAUAGGAAAUCAGCAAGCAGAAACCGUAGCUCACACAAUGAGUGAUGGCCCAAACCCGGGUGAUCUGGCACCUUUAGUGCUGGAAAAUCAACACGAAGAUGCCAAAGCGGCACCAAGAUGACCACAGAAACUAUGUUUGGAAACAUAUCUUUUUUCAGUUUUCUUUAUCAAUUCUUUAACAAUCAUUUUAAAUAUAUAUUUUACUUAACCUGGAAUUAGUUGGAGGGUUUUAACGUAGCAGAACAUGAAGUUGUCGUACCCCUAAAAACACUUCCUCACCAGGGUCAGAUUUCACCUAAGGCACAACUAGACAAAAAAUCAACAGGUGCCCCACAGGUGUUUCAUAAAUAAAAUUUAACAAAAAAAUCAUUAAAAAAAAAAGAAAAGCCGAUAUUAGUCAUGUCAUGGAUGGG